AUGCAGUGCAGCCAACCCACCACGCUCGCGCUCCGCGCAGCUCGAGCGUCACGAACGAAGACAGUCGUCGUCCAACGCCGGAAUCUCCAAGACAUUGCGAUCACCCGGACCGGCAAACCGAUCAUCAGACUACAAGGAGGAAGAUCAUCGCUCGGUGGACACACAGUGACGGUGUUUGGAGCGUAUGGCUUCCUGGGCAGAUACAUUGUCAACCGACUCGCACGACGGGGAAACCAAGUGGUGAUCCCGUACCGAGAUGACAUGGCCAAACGCUUUCUCAAGGUCUCCGGGGAUCUGGGAAGAGUGUCGUUCAUGGAGUUCGAUCUGCGCAACACCCAGUCCAUUGAGGAGAGCGUGCGGCAUUCCGACAUAGUGUUCAACCUGAUCGGUAGAAACUAUCCGACCAAGAACUUCAGCCUGUUUGACAGCAACGUCGAAAGUGUCGAGAGGAUAGCGGAGGCAUGCGCCAAAUACGACGUCGAUCGCUUCAUUCACGUUUCUUCCUACAAUGCCGACCCCAAUUCGACCUCGGAGUUCUUUAGGACAAAGGCUCAAGGAGAGCAAGUCGCCAGACAGCUGUUUCCUGAAACGACAAUCGUCCGACCCGCUCCCUGCUUCGGCUUUGAAGACAACCUACUACACCGUCUGGCAAGAGUAACCAACCUCUUCACUGUCAACAACAUGCAAGAACGGUUCUGGCCGGUUCAUGUCAUCGAUGUUGGAAUGGCUCUGGAGAGGAUCGGGUAUGAUGACACAACUGCAGGAGAAACCUUCGAGCUAUACGGCCCCACGAACUACAGCUUGGCCGAGAUCGCCGAGAUCGUCGACAAGGAGAUCAUCAAAAAGCGCAGACACAUCAAUAUGCCCAAGGCCCUCCUCAAACCUAUCGUCUACUAUCUCAACAAACUCGUCUGGUGGAAAGUCAUGUCGGCCGACCAACUGGAGCAAGAAUGCAUCGACCAGUUCAUCGACAAGUCGGCAAAGACCUUCAAGGAUCUCAACAUCGAGCCCACCGACCUCAAGGAUCUCACCUACCAUUACCUGCAAGACUAUCGCAGCAGCAGUUAUUACGACUUGCCGCCCGCCACCGAACGAGAAAAGAAGGAGGCCAGUCAGUAUUUGCAUGUUAUCGACGAUCAGUAG